UUCCCUUCCCUUUCAAAUCCCAUCUUCGUUCUUCACACGUUUACGUCUUGUUAAUUUAUUUCCUAGCCAAAACUCGUUGAAGAAAAGUUUAUAAACGAAAUGAAUUCAGUAGAAAUCUCUGGUUUUAUCCCCAAACUUGGUCUAGUCGUAGUAGGAAUUGUGUUGGCAGAAUGCACUCGGCAAGGCUUGAAUUACCUGCUGCAGCGAAAAAAUUCAAAGCCAGUGAUUAGACAAGUGAUAUUCUUUCCUGAUAAACAAAUUGCCUGUAAAGAUUUUUUCGAUUCAGUCGAAGGCUGUUCGAGGAUUCGCUGCGAUUUCAGCCACACAACAACUGGCUUCAGGCAACUACUUUCCCACAAAAAGUCAGCAAGGAAAUCUAUCGACAUUGCUGUUUAUUGCAUCUCUUGUUUUGAGAUUGCAGAUGUUGUGUUGCAACGUCACAAAGUUGGAGUCAGAGUCAGAGUGAUUACAGACCAGAGCAUGGAGAUAGCUUUCGGAUCCCAGAAUCACCGUUUUAUGAAAGAUGGGAUCAGGGUACAUACCAACAAACCCCCAUUUCUAAUGCACCACAAGUUUUUUAUUAUUGACGAUGAGCUGCUUUGCUCUGGGUCCUUCAACUGGACUUCACAAGCUGUCACUGGUAACAACGAAUCUGUCAUAAUCACUAAUGAUCCCUGGACCGUUGAACCUUUUUUGGCUGAAUUUCAAAAAUUGUGGCAAGAAACUAAGCCUGGAAAUUAACUCUUGUAUUUAUAGCUAAUGCAAUAGAUUUUCUGUUUAUUCUAA